AGCUGUGUCUGCGCUCGCAGUGAAUGGCAGUCGGCAUCACUGACGUCAACAAUUAUUAGCGAUUUUGGUUUAUUUUGAUGUAAAUAGGAAUAACUUGGCGCAAAUAUGUUUACUUUGUGGACCCUGAUUGAAUCCUCACUGCUGUGCUUGAAUGCAGUGUGCAUUCUGCACGAGGAGCGCUUUCUGGCCAAGUUUGGCUGGGGACGUCAGGCGGGCCAGCAGGAUUUUGGAGCACCUACGGCCAAGGAUCAGGUGCUAAAUCUCAUUCGUUCCAUACGCACAGUGGCCAAGAUUCCCCUGAUAUUCCUUAACAUAAUUGCGAUUAUAUUUAAACUAUUACUUGGUUGACAUAGAAUCUAAUGUAAUAAAUGUGUAGCAUACAGCCCUUUUAA